GAACUCAUGCGCGAGCUGAAUGUAUUUUGGCCCUGAAGGUGAUUUUUUGCGUCAAAUUUUGUGAUUGUAAUCAAAUUUAAUUAUUUUGGCUAUGCUCUAAAUUACUGUGAGACUUUCAAUUAUUUCAUCCCACUAAUCCCAUCUUGAUCAUUGGUUGUUCGACUGGUCAAUCUUUGGCAAUGUCUACAGAUCCUAUUACAAUCCAAAAACUCAAAAGUCAGGUCAUGAGUUUUCGUGUCGCUGAACUUCAAAUGCUCCUUGGAUUUGCUCAAAAAAGCCGAAGUGGGAAAAAACACGAAUUACAAACUAGAGCUAUAAAUUUAUUACAAAAAGGGAAUUUAACUCUUGCUGUUCAAAACAAGAUUCGCGAGCUUCAUCAACAAAGGUUCGCCUACACCAAUUCAGACUCUCAAGGAUCAGAUACAAGCUGUUAUGGAAGUAGUUCAGCUUCAAAAGUGUCAUCUUCGUCUUUAAGUAACGGACUAUCUCUUCCUCCUGGAGCUUCGACCAGGGGAGCUCCACAAAACGCAGCUAAUAUGUUGAACUCUAGUUUACCUACUGAUUAUUAUUCUAGUAUGCCACGAGGUUUAGGAGCAUUUGACUUCUCAGCUUCUUCUCCAUCCAAUUCUAAAUCUUACAUUUCUUCUAUGCCAACGCCAAUGCCUUAUCCAGUGCUGGCUGAUGUCAAAUUUAAAAUUUUGCCUUUCUUUGACAUUCUUGGAGAUCUUUUAAAGCCAGCCACAUUAAUGCCAAGCCCUGGUGUUAGAUACCAAGAGAAUAAUUUUAGUUUUCAUUUGACACCUCAACAAGCUAAUGAUGUCUCGCUUUCUCGUGAUAUAAAACCCGAUGGAAAGGUUGACUAUGGUGUACAAAUCCAAAUGAGGUUUUGUUUAUUAGAAACGAGCUGUGAACAAGAUGAUAAUUUUCCACCAAGUAUCUGUGUUAAAGUUAAUGAUGAAUUGUGCCCUCUUCCUAAUCCCUUGGCGACAAAUAAACCAGGAGUAGACCCUAAAAGGCCUAGUAGGCCUGUUAAUAUCACAACAUAUUGUAGGAUAUCACCAACAGCAGCAAACCAAGUGAGCAUAGGAUGGGCGUCUGAUUACAACAAAGCGUAUGCUGUUGGAAUCUUUCUAGUUAAGAGGUUGAUUGCAAACAACUUACUGCAAAGGAUAAAAUCUAAAGGAGUGCGGAAUAGCGAAUAUACACGUGCAAUGAUCAAGGAAAAGUUAGCUCAGGACCCAGACUCAGAAAUUGCUACCAUGAUUCUUCGUGGAUCUCUUCUUUGUCCGCUUGGUAAAAUGAGAAUUCAAAUGCCUUGUAGAGCAAUGACCUGCUCACAUAUUCAAUGUUUCGAUGCUUUAUUGUACUUACAAAUGAACGAAAAGAAACCUACUUGGGUUUGUCCGGUUUGUGAUAAAAGUGCUUUAUUCCAGCAUUUGGUCAUAGACGGGUUAUUCACUGAGAUUUUAAGUCAAGUACCUGGUGACUGUACUGAAGUUCAAUUCCAUGAUGAUGGCUCAUGGACUCCAUUAUUACCCAAAAAGGAGCUCUGUGAAACUGUUAGUGUGAAUAAUAUAAAUAAGCGAGCUAAAGAAGAACCAAUUUCUCCUCAACCUAAGAAAACGAAAUCUGAUAUUGAAGUUAUCACUCUUGACAGUGAUGAUGAAAAUGAAGAUGAAGGUGGUAACGAUGACGAUGAAGAAACUGAUGACGACGACACUGAAGAUGCCGAAAACAAUGGUGUCGAUAAAACAGCUGAAAAAGCAUCUCGAACACAUAAAGGGUCUCAUACAGGCCAAUCAUCACCAAUCAUUUCAUCUAGAUCCAGCAGUAACUCUGAAGCACCAAACAUCUCAUUACCAUCGCCCGAUUCAUCAACAGGAUCUUCAAUUUGUUUAAAUGUUCCUCACAACUCAGAUGGGUCUAACAACUCAAGAUCGAUCAUGGAAAGUUCACAUACGUCGACUCCAUGUUAUGCUCCAACAAAUAAUACCAGACCAGGAAUCAAUCCAGUUGCUGGAAAUUUUACGCCUAACUCAGGUCCACCCUCUAUGGGAACCAGAGGAAGGAUAUCAUUAGGCGGUUUACCUUAUCAUUCACGUUCAAACAUUAAUGUAUCUCCGUCUUAUCCAGGAAUGCCUAUUCUUAAUCCUAGUGCAGCCCCUUUUUAUCCAUCAAACACAUCUAAAUCAUACUCAGAUCCUUAUGAUUACGUCCUUUCCAAUUCAAAUUCCAAUCCGAUGUCGUAUGGAUGCCCAAACUAUGACGUUUAUCAUGGCCAUAAUCAUAUGUUUAAUGGUGAUAUGUCUAGAGAACUUUCGUCUUAUAGAAGUGGUUCAUCAUCAGGAGCUCGACCUACAACUGAAUCUGGUCCAGAAUUAAUAUCCCUCGAUUGACUGUCAAUGGACGACUUACAGAAUUCUAUUUGAAUUUUAAUCAAUUUUCAUCUGUGUUCACUCCUUCAUUACUCAUUGCCAUAUCAUGAAUGAAAGGAAUCAAACAUUCAGCUUUAUUCAGCAUUGCAAAUGUUUUAUAGUAACUCACGGUUGGUUUAAAGGUCUUUUGACCGCCGUUAUAAUAUAUAUUUUCAUUUAUUUAUGUGUAUAUAUAUAAUUGAAAAUAUUUGGAAAUCAAAAAAAUGAUAGCAAAUGAAGAGAAUUUGCUUCUCAAUAUGAAUUAUGGGUAUCAAUGGAACGUGAAUACCCAGCAAUUGUUUUAUAUGGAGUAAUGGAAUCGACCAUUCAUUAAUUGGGCACAAUCUAACUUAAUCGCCUCAUUUGUUUCCAUUUGGAUUUUCCAGCAAGAAUCUCACAAAUAAACAAUCUUGAUUCAUGUUUUUAUUGCAAUCAUGAUUGGUAAAAGUUUCUUUUCCCGAUUUCUUUUCUUACUUCCUUCCCUUCUCGGAAAAAGUAGAUAUUUAAUGCAAACACGUUCUACUAAAGUGAUCGAAUCGAUUGUCCGCAUUAUCAUUUGUACAUCAUUCUCCAAUUUUUAAUAGAAAUAGAAUCAGCAGAUUAUUAUAAUCAUGCUUAAUCCAACAUAACAACCAAAGUUUUACAAAGUCCAUUAAAUAAAUCAUAGACUUGAGUUCAUUUCUCAUUAAAACCUUUUUCAUUUUCUUUUGCUAUUCUCAUUCAAAAUACCUUGCUAUUUAAAUUGUGAAUGAUUUUAUAAAAUAAAUUAUUUUUUGUAAA